GGUCGCGCCCUUCUCCCCAAAAGGCACACAGAACAUAUGAUAGCAAAAUCAUGACAAGAGAACUUGAUCGUCUCGGCGUGCACCACCACCCAUCGACUUCCGCAUCUGCCUCGGCGACAUCGGCAUCUGCUUCUGGCACUACUCUGACUCCAACCAUACCGGAACUAAAACCAUCGCCUUCUUUGAGCUCCAGCACGAAUGUUCCCGUUGAUACUCCAUGGGCCAUCCUACACGUGCAUGUGCUUCCCCUAUUUAAUGGAGAACCUCUCAAAAUACCUAUCGAGGACUUGAAUGCCCACGUACGGGAGCAUAUUCAGACUGUCGUCUCGUCCCCCUCGAAGGCGCUGGCUAGCUUGGAGUCAUCUCUGGUGGACUUAAUCAGCAGAGGAAUGCAAAACCUGAAUGCGAAGCUUUCUGGAAUCGAUGAUGAAAAGCUUAUAACACGAUUGGUCGAGAUCUGGAAUUUCUUCUGGGUCAAUGUACUUCCAUAUAUUGAAGGGGUAUUUUUGCCGUUGCAAACGGAGGCUUUGUUAAUUUCGCUUAGUCGCAGUGUGAAAGCUGGGCAUCGCAGAGGCUCAUCGUCCUCUGGAAUAGAUCUGCCACUCUCUGACUACCGAAUAGACGCACGACAGCUAUGCCUAAUUGCUUUCCGCGACGCAAUCAUAUUGCCACGUUACGAGAAAUUGACGUUAUUGCUUUCUGAAGGGUUAAGUAGGACAAAUGACACAGAGGGUGACCCCGGGGAGAACUGGCAGUGGGCCCGUAUCCAGCAAAUGUUACUAGUCUUAGGGUCAAAUUCUAGGACCUCAAGUGGCGAUCUUCCUCGUGGGGAACAGGCUACGAAUCAGCUUUUGGUCUUCUUCCGUCGUUCACUACCCCCAUGCCACCUCCGAGACAAAAAUUCUGAUGGCUUCAUUGGGACGAAGAACAGGUUCCCGGAGCGGCCUACCGGCUUUUUAGGUGCUGCUGGCGAUAGACGGGGGCGAAUUGAUUUCAGCUCACUCAGGGGAAACAAGCGCGGGUCGCCUACGGCAAACUACCCCGAAAUCAGUCAAGGUGGUACCCAUCAAUGGGCACCUCAUAGACGGAUGCAGACGUCCAAUUCGGAUGACGAUGACAGUGAUCUUGGCGUCCCUCUCGGCAGUGCAACUCCCACACUGACCAGCUCAAGAAACUAUGUGAAUCGCUAUUCUCCGCAGAGGCUCUACACAUCCUCUCCUGAGCGGGCAGAGCCUGGCCAUGUCAAUCACCAGCAGAAAAGCACCGGAAAAGAAGCGGACAAACCACGAGGGGUGGAUGAUUCUGAUGAGGACGAAGAUUAUGGGCAAGUCGUGGUAAUUCAUCGUUUACUUAAAGGAUCGUCAUCUUGCGCAACUGACACUCUAUUCCAGCGACAUCUAUGACGGGCUUGGAUCCACGCUGGAAUAUUUAUCACUACAAAUGUCGGUACAUAUGAGAUAGUCAAUGGUAGGCAGGUGACCAGCCUCUCUUUAACGAGUCAAUGGAACGGAUACAUG